AUGAUUCGAUGUUACAAAAUACUUAAAAAUAUUCGAAUUCCGUGUAUUACAUGUGACCGUAAGAAUUACACCUAUUUACGUUUUUUAAAUGAGUUACCAAGAACAAAAUGUUCCGUGCUAUCUAAUGGUCUAACUGUCGCCACGGAAGAACGACAGUGCAACAAUGUGUGUAUGGGAAUUUAUAUAGACGCUGGAUCAAGGUAUGAAAAUGAAACUCUAAAUGGUAUUACACAUUUUUUUGAACACAUUGCAUUUAAAGGCAGCAAGAAAAGGCCAAAGACAGUUUUAGAAAGUGAAAUAUCAAAGACUGGGGCAAAAUUUAAAUGUUUUACAACUCGAGACACCACCGCUUACUACGUGGAAUGCCUCUCAUCGGAAAUAAACCUCGUCGCUGAUAUUUUGUUUGAUUGCAUCUUUAACAAUGCAUUAACGGAUUCUGAAAUUGAAUUUCAAAAACACAUUGUAUACAAAGAAAUGUUAGAAUACGACAGAUCUUCUGUUAAAGUUUUAUAUGACUAUUUGCACUCAACCGCCUUUCAGGGUACUCCAUUAGGCCAAACUGUAAUGGGUCCUAGUUACAAUCUUUAUAAUAUUAAAUCGAAGCCAAUUUCGGAUUACAUAAACAAACUGUUCAUAGCAGAGAGAAUUGUGCUCGUAGCAGUCGGAGGAGUCAAACAUACAUUGAUGUUAAACUUAGGAGAACAUUACUUCUCCAAAACAGAGUCUGAAUCGGCGAAAUGUAAAAAACCUAUCACGAUGGGUCCAAAUAGAUAUACAGGGUCUCAAGUAGUAUAUAGAGACGAUUCAAUGAAUAUUGCACAUGUUGCCAUCGCUGUGGAAGGCCCUUCUUUUGAAGACGAUGAUAAAAUUGUAAUGGAACUUGCUUCGUCGGUAUUAGGUGGUUGGGAUAAAUCACAACCGGGCGGUACUAAUCACGGAAUGAACAUCGCUCAUGUUGCUUCAUCUGGCAACCUUUGCGAAUCUUACAAAACAUUCGCCUAUUAUUAUCAGGAUGUUGGACUUUGGGGUGUAGAAUUCAUUUCAUCAAGAGAAGAAGUGGAUAAUAUGCUUUUAACAGUACAGGAGGAAUGGAUGCGACUGUGCUAUAUGAUAACCGAUAGCGAGUUAAUAAGAGCUAAAAACGAAAUGAAAUCUGAAUUAAUCAGACAACUACAAACUGCGAUUGGAGCUUGCCACGAUAUUGGCUUUAGUAUUCUUCGUACGGGUCGUCGAAUUGACCUUCAGGAAAGAAUUAAUAUUAUUGAUAAAAUAACAGCGAAUGAUUUACAAAAUGUUUGUAAUGUCUAUAUUUACGAUAGGUGCCCGGUUGUCGCGGGUAUAGGAUCCACUGAAAAUUUACUUUCGUACUCGCGCAUUAGAAGUUAUAUGUAUUGGGUGCGAGUAUGA